AUGGACAAUGCCAAUAUCGGUGGAGCCAAACAGGGUGUCCAUGGUCUUGAAAAUGGCCUCUCGACUUCCUUCGAGGGUAUUGAGGCAGCUGUCGGUUCCGCCAGAUUACAAAACGGCUCGGCUUAUAUCAAUGGAGCUAGAAAACCACUUGAUGGAUCUAAUCAGGCAUCCGCAGCUGGAGCAGUUUCAACCAUAACUAAGGAUCUGCCUGAGUUGACACAUAUAACCCAGGGAUUUUUUCCAUUCACAACUUUGGUCAAUAGAUCGGUACAGCAAUGCUGGAAUGAUUUAUCAGACCUGGUUACAGAAUUGGCAGAGAUCCAAGUUUCCCCUCAAGAUCACGCUUCGUCCACAAAUUCCUUCAACGCAAAGUCACCAGGAAACCAAUGCUCAGAAAAUGUGCACAAAAAGCUUCGAAUGUUGGAAUUUGCUCAUGGUAAACGGGCCGAAUUCAUUAAGCUUCUCGUCCUAUCCCAAUGGAGUCGGCAUGCGGUCGAUGUCAGUAAACUAAUUGACCUUCAAAGUUUCAUCCGUACGCGCCAUCAAGCAUAUGUCGGGGCUCUCCAAUGGGUUGGGGAUAUGAAAAGAGACCUAGUCAGAGCACAGGUGGCAAACCCGGAUCUGAGAACGGCUUUGGAAGUAUUGUGUAAGGGAAAGGUAGCAGCCAUGUCAGAUCUCGGGUAUAAACCGCCUAAGCCUUUAAGUGUGAAAGCCACUCUCAAAAAAUUACAAAAAAUCAACAGAAUCAUUAGUGUGAGAUUGUCGCUUCAUGAUGCGGUUCCUCGUGCCUUUCAGACUUACCUCGUACACGAUGGCCGAGUCACAUUCUUUGUACCAGCAGAAUUCGAGCUUGACCUUUCCGUUGGUGAAGACGACAAAUCCUCUCAAUUUUUCUUUGUUGACAUUCGCUUUCUUUUUUCCCCGUCUUCUCCCAUCCCCAAGGGUCGAAUUCUUAACGAACUCGAUGCCAAGAUUAACGACGUACUUCGGGAUAAGGGCCUUUCCGGGUGUUUCGAUUUAUUACACAGUCUGGUAUUGACCAAUAAAAUCAACGUUCUUCACAAACAAGCUAUUGAGCUGACGAGAGGUCUCUGGUCCGACGUCUUGCGUGUCGAACUGUUACACCGAACAUUGGUUGUGCAAUACUGGGCCUCGAAACCUGGGGUCAAAAAUUGGCUUGAAAUCGGUAUUAAGAGCGGUCGCCGAGGCGAUAACAGUGGCAACAGUCGAUGCCACGGAAUGCCAUAUUUGGACUUGCGCUGGAUGCGAGGGGGCCAAGAAACUGACAAUCGAGAUAUUGAGUUUGACACGGAAAGCCUUGCAAUGGAGAGCAUCUUGAGAAGUGCCAUUGCACUGCAUAUCUCGCACAUAUUGUCCUCAGCAUAUACCAAUAUAGGCAGUAAUCUACUGUUCUCGACCGGCGUGCUAUAUUUACGGGCCCAACUUUCUGGGGCCGAACCCGGUGACUGUCAACUCGAUGUUCAACUCACGUCUUCCAGACAUCUCCGAGUUUCAAUUGAGCCGAUGUCUGGAGCAAGCAUUUUUUCGGCAACUCCCAGUGUUUUGAGUCCAGAGAAUGACCGCAGCUCUGAUAAAUCCGCUAUUGACGAGAUGGUAUCUCGCAUCUCUCGACUCCGUUGCAUUGCUGCGAUAGAGGAGAUCGAAUCAAAUGUUAGGAUGCUGGGUUUCGAAACCGUAAGCCCAAGAGGUUUGAAAAUUGAUGUUCGAAGGUUGUUUCCAUCAAAUGUUUUGCGAUUUUCCUUAUUUUCGCAUCGCCUUUGGAAUCAGAAUUGGGUUGUGGCGGCAACGAGCAGCAUGGAUAAUGAUAACUGGUGGAUGAUUCAAGUUCGCCCAUCAAUACCAUCGCAAAUCCGUCCCGGUAUCAAUCCAAGCACCCACGGCACGUCAAUCCUUCGGUCAACUCAAGUGGUCAGCACUACAUUUCUUACUGCGCAAGAAAAGAUGAUCUAUACAUCACUUGCUGAUCUAGGGCAUUGUCUUACUGGAAUUCUGACAGUUUACUCCAAUGCUCGAUAUUUGGCAGAAUUACAAUGUAUCCACUUCUACCCUCCUCUUCAGCGGUUGCAGAUCGCAACUGACUUUCGGGUGCCCGAUAUAAUCAUUCGCUACAACUCAUCAAACCUGCCACCAACUUUCCAGAUAGCACUGCCCGCGGGUUUGAAGAAAAAGUCCUUUAUAAAGAACACGGUUCGCCUUGCUUUCCAUGGAAUCGACCCUCGCAAAAACGCUGCCAUUGUUGUAGGAUAUGGCAACUUGCUCGUCUCCUCAAAAUCUUUUGGCACAUUGGUCGCAAAGUCAGAUCAUUCCUUGGUUUUCCAACAGAAAGGCAACGGCUUUGCUAUACGUCUUCUUGCUCCAGCUGGCCAACCAGUCAUCCUUGACCUCAUUGAGAAGCUACAAAGACUUGAAUGUGCACUUUCUAUUCUAGAAACUCUUCGGCAAAAGAAAAUGGCGCCUCGAUCCUUUUCCUUGUCACGAAUUGCUUUCGUUUAUGGCCCGGAACGAAAUCUUGCCGCCAGUCUUGAUAUAAAGAUUUCUGGCCCUCCAUCUCUUGCAGAUGUUAAUCCUGCUGACAUCGUACCAAAGGUGGAUCGGCUUUUCCAUAUACACCUCGGUAUCAACUUUGAUUUCCCAAAUCCCCAUCGCCGUAUCCAAGAAUCCCUGACUGCCAUUCUAAACCAUUCAUCCGCCGAUGCAGGUCUAGACUCUGUUGUUGAGAUUUUGCCUCUUACACUUCCUUUACUGCUGGCCUUGGAUAGGAUAACAUCUAAUCCAUCUCACAAAGGAGCAUUGAGGGUUCAAAUAACAGCUCGCAGUGCGAAGACAUUCCAAAUACACUACCCUAUACAGAGAUUUCGGUUUCAAUUGAUAGCCGGUCAGCAUCUGAGCCGUAUAGCUUGGAUAUUGAAAGAUGUGAGUGGCUCUCAGGCCAGAAAAGAUCAAGAUCAACUUGUAUCCAAACUCCAGGAUGAGUUGUACAAUUCAAAGGGCAAUGGCUGGAAAGGACUUGGAAAUGGAGUGGUCGCAGAAGUUGAAAAAGUCGGAAAUCUUAUAUCUAAACUUGACAGAUGUUUUGCGGACGUCGCAGAUUGCCCUGGUACAGGUGGUUUGGUGGACAAAGAUGGACCCGGGAAUCCAACAUCCAUCAGCCAAGCGACAUCAAAUCAAGCUGAUAGUACUGGGGCGCGCACAAAAGUGAGCAUAUUUUCUGGCGCAAGUGCUCUUGCGACUAGUCUGACUAGCAGGAAUCCCCUUGAUGCCUCGAACAAUGCCGAUGUCAUCAUGAUCGACUAA